AUGACGACACCGACGCCGACCCCGCCCCCUUGGAGGCGGAGCCCGCCCCUCCCCCCACGCUGGACUCCCUCCUCCUCCUCCCCUCCCCCCCCUCCCCUCCCCCUCCCUGCCCCCUCCCCCCUCCCUGCCCCCUCCCCCCCCCCUCCUCCGCGGGGCGUGGCUCCCGCCGCGCCGUUCACCUGCCUGGCGUGCGGGAAGGGCUUCACGCGCAGCUCCAACCGCAACGCCCACCUGGCCACGCACCUGGGCCAGCGCCCGCACACCUGCGGCCAUUGUGGGCGGGGCUUCGGCCACGCCCCCCAGCUGGCGCGGCACCUGCGGCUGCACCAGGGCGGCCAACGGCGCUUCGGGUGUGGCCAGUGUGGGCGGAGCUUCGGCCGCAGCGCCAACCUCAGCGCCCACCUGAGGGCGCACCUGGGCGAGCGGCCCUACACCUGCAGCGAGUGUGGGCGGGGCUUCAGCUACAGCUCCGCCUUCCUCAAGCACCGCCGCGCCCACGGGCUGCAGGAGCAGCACCAGGAGCAGGAUGGCCACGCCCUCCUGGCACACCUGCACGGGCACGCUGAGGACACGCCCCUGAGCUGCGCCACGCCCCUGAGCUGUGCCACGCCCAUCACCUGUGCCACGCCCUACACCUGCGGGGAUUGUGGGAAGGGAUUCGGGGGAAGCUCCGCCCUCAUCCGGCACCAGCGGCUGCACCUGGGCUAG